AUAUUAGGGCUUGAUGCGUGCAGGGAUACUAUAAUAGGUGAUGAAAUGUCAAGAGGAAUAUCAGGAGGCGAAAAGAAACGUGUUACUACAGGUGAGGUGAUGGUAGGCCAAAAAACAGCCCUCUUCAUGGAUGAGAUAUCGACAGGGUUGGAUAGCUCUACAACAUUUCAAAUAAUCAAAUGUUUGCAACAAAUUGCACAUCUAACAGAUGCCACCAUCCUCAUGUCUCUCCUGCAACCAGCUCCUGAGACAUUUGAACUCUUUGAUGAUAUUAUUGUGUAUCAAGGACCAAGAGAGCAUGUAGUUGAGUUCUUUGAAAGCUGUGGUUUCAAGUGCCCCUUAAGAAAAGGGUUUGCUGAUUUUUUGCAGGAGGUAUCAUUUUACCUGAUGUGUCUGACUUUUACAUUUUUGAAACAGAAAAAAACGAGAA